AUGCCGCUGGUGGUGCUGUGCGGGUCGCCGGGCAGCGGCAAGAGCCGGCGUGCGGCCGAGCUGCGGGACGCGCUGGGCGGAGCUGAGCGGCGGGCGCACGUCGUGGCCGAGGGGGAGGGCGGCCGGGCGGCUCUGCGGGCCGAGGUGGAGCGGCUGCUGAGCCGACGCGACGUGGUGAUCGUGGACGCGAGCAACGAGCUGCGGAGCAUCCGCUACGAGCUGUACUGCGCGGCGCGGCAGGCGGGCACGGCGCGCUGCCUGCUGCACUGCGUCGGCGGCGGCCCCGCCGAGCCGCCCUUCGAGGCCCCGGACCCUCGCAACCGCUGGGACCGGCCGCUGUUCGCCGUGCACGGCGAGGAGCCGCUGCCGCUGGCCGACAUCCGCGCGGCUCUAUUCGAGAGCGCUCCGCCGCCGCCGCACCGCGCCACGCGCAGCCAGCCCCUGCAGUCCGGAGACUUCCUGCACCUCCUCGACCGCGCCACGCAGGACGUGGUGGCCGCUCUCGUGGCCGCCCAGAGGAGCGGGGCGCAGCCUGGAGAGCUGGUGCGCGUCCCCGGCGUGGAGGAGGGGCUGGUGCUGCCGCGGCCCGUCAGCCUGGCCGAGCUGAGCCGGCUCCGCAGGCAGUUCAUCAGCUACACUAAGAUGCAGCCCAGCAAUGAGAACUUGGCACAGCUGGCCGGCAUGUUCCUGCAGUACCUGAGCCGCAGCAUCCAGUGAGGUGUGGCUCCUUCCGUCCCGAAGUGCUUGCAGCUGUAGGAACGUGCCCUCCUGCCGUGCACCUCAACACUGUGUGACGUGUGUGUCACAUAGCACAGCCCGUGACUGUGCUGAGAAAGUCAGUACCAUGGCGCUGGAGCAGCUGUACUCCUAAGACGAUCUGUAGGAUCUUCCUGUCCUCUCUACUGCACUCUCCCCGUGUCUUGUUUGCUUGUUGCAUCCCCACACAGCUGAAGUCUCCUGUGGAGACCUGCACCUCAAUACUAAUGUAGCGACUGAGCAUAAAUGCUUCAAAGCGGUGAACAUAAGGAGAACUCCUGCCCUCCUCAUUGCCAUGUCUGUCUCUUGAAUAAGAAGCCUGCUGUUCCAAGGCUGCCUCCAUAUGUAUCAAACUGCAGAGGGGGACUUCAGUUCCUGGACUGGAAGAGGCCGUAUUUUUGGGACAUAACUGUUUUUCAAAAUCCUAUUGAACCCAACAGAUAGAUCUGCAAACUCUGCACAAAAGCAGGGUGCUGGCUUAGGAAACUUAAAUCUCUCAUUUCAAGUUUAACAAUAAAACAUGUGCCUUAGAUGGAACAGUCUUAAUCUUAAACUGUUUUAUUGAAACAACUUGCUGUGGCUUUUUUUUUUUGCAAGGUCCUCAUUAAAAGCUUUUAAAAACACUAAUUGUUUAUGAGUGCUCUUGAGCUUGUUUCGAGAGGAUGCGGUGUGAUGGCAGUGUGCUCUGCCCAGUCCUCAAAGUCUGCACUGGUUGUGACUGGGUAAUUAUUUUUGUAUUUAGCUUCAGCUGAUUUCAGUCUUUACUGUGCCACAUGUCUGGCCUGUCCAUAUGUUUCACAUUCUGGUGGAUGCUUCAUCCCUCAUGCAAAUAAGUGUCAAGAGUCUGCUUUUUUGUGUGGUGCUAUCUGGGAGGAGAUGGCAAGUGGGGCAAGAAGAGUUGCUUCAGUGAUUUGUCCAUGUAUCUGAUGUACUGGUUGCUAAGUGGACGUUGCCAUUUCAGAAUGAGAAAAUGACUACAGAAAUGUUUUUAUGUAAAUAGCAUUACUUUUCCAGUUAAAAAGAAUAAAACUGAGGAAGCACA